UUUAGAAUCAUCCACUUUCCAUUUCUUAGUAAGAAGAAAAUCAAGUAUGAGUCUAAAAGUGUUYGUACUGCUGUGUCUCGCCCUGGUGGUCGUGAUCAUGUUGGACCAAGCAGAGGGCGUUCGUUGCAGGCGAAAAUGCAAAGUGUCUUGCAGGGUGAGGUGCUCAUACAGACACGGCAGAUUUAGGUGUAAGCCACAUUGCGGAUUGCACUGUAAGGUUCAAUGUCGUGGCAGGGACGAAGCCGAACAAAUGGAGGAUUCGUAUCUCAACUGUGAAGAGUUCGUGAAAUCCAACCUAGAGUUUGGAGAUCGCCAGCCAUCUUGUUAAACAUCCCUUAACGAACCGGAAAGUCUCACGACGUCAAACGAAAGAAACGGCUUGGAUAAAAAGAAUGCCCUUCCCAGUUCCUUCGACCAAUUUUGGCGUUGAAAUAUCUAUAGAGCUUGGGUACUAGGGCUUGAGGUCAGCCCAAGCUCUUCAGGUUUUAAUCGCGCCAACUUAGAUCGAGGGAACUGGGUUUCAAUAGCAUAAUUAGAUAAAAUGAUUUAAUGUCAAAGAAAUAAUUGCAUUGCAAAAGUUUACAGAAAUAGAACAAUAAAUUAAAAAUAAAAUAAAUAAAUAAAAAUUGAAACGAUCUGACAAA